CGUUGCCCAUCCCCGGCCCUUUGACGUGCUCGACGAUGCCCGCAACGAGCUCCGUCGUCAAAGACCAGCCUGCUCCCACCCCGGACCCCACCGCGGCUCGCGCUGACCCUCCGCCCACCCGGCGCUGGGACUGGCGUUCCCGCCUUGCGCAUGCGCGGCACAAGGUCUCCUCCAGGGAGGGCUGGUUGGGCGACUACAACUAUUCAUGGCUUUGCAUGCCCGUGUUACCCUUUACUCGCAGGAAGCACUCCCAACCGCCGUUCUACGCCCUCCAUGCCGAAUUGCCCCUCCUCCUCGCGAUUACGACCGGCUUCCAGCACUCCCUCGCCAUGCUUGCAGGACUCAUAACGCCCCCUAUCAUCUUCGCCAGCUCGCUGAACCUGGACGCGAACCUGAGCGCGUACAUGGUCAGCGCGUCGCUGAUUGGUUGCGGUAUCCUCAGCCUUGUGCAGAUGUCGAGGAUCCGACUGUUCAGAAACUACUACCUCGGCACCGGACUCAUCACCGUCGUCGGCACCUCAUUUGCCACCCUAUCCACCGCGACGGCGAUUUUUGAUAGCCUAUAUGCGAACGGCAAAUGCCCCUCGACGACGGCAUCCGACGGCACCGUCACUCGCGGUGCUUGUCCCGACGCGUAUGGCUACCUCCUCGGAACCGCCCUCCUUUGCUCCCUGCUCGAAAUCGGGAUGUCGUUCAUCAACCCGCGCAGGCUGCAGAAGAUCUUCCCGCCGAUCGUGACGGGUACCGUCAUCGUCCUCAUCGGCGCCAGUCUCGUCGGUAGCUCCGGCAUUCCGAAUUGGGGUGGAGGAAGCAACGACUGUAUGUCGCGGCCGACAAGCGGGAUAUUCCAACUGUGCCCGACGAUCAGUGCGCCGAGGCCACUCCCUUGGGGCUCCCCCGAGUUCAUAGGAUUGGGUUUCCUGUCCUUCGUCACGAUCAUUCUCGUCGAGCUCUUCGGCAGCCCUUUCAUGAAAAACAUUUCCAUCAUCCUUGGACUGCUCGUGGGUUGUAUCGUCGCCGGCGCAGCGGGCUACAUAGACAGCAGCAACAUUGACAGCGCCCCUGCUAUCACCUUCUUGUGGGUGCAUACCUUUAGAAUCCGCGUAUAUGCUCCCGCCAUCCUACCUAUGCUCGCGGUAUAUGUAUCUUUAGCGAUGGAAGCCAUCGGUGACAUCACUGCGUCCGCAGAGGUUUCUCGUGUAGAUGUGGAUGGACCCGAGUUCGAUACCCGCAUACAAGGCGGUGUGCUGAGCGACGGCCUUGGCGGUCUCCUCUCUGCUCUGUUCACGGUUACGCCACUCUCCAUCUUCGCUCAGAAUAACGGCGUUAUCGCCAUAACGCGAUGCGCGAACCGCACGGCGGGGCGCUGGUGCUGCGUGUUCCUCAUCCUCUUCGGAGUGCUUGGCAAGAUAUCUGGCGUUUUCUUAUCCAUCCCGAACCCCGUCCUAGGCGGUGUGACCACCUUCCUGUUCUCCUCCGUCGUGGUUUCCGGUAUCCGCGUCCUCUCGUACAACCGCUUCACCCGACGAGAUCGAUUCGUGCUCGCCGCCGCGUUCUCCUUCGGCAUCGGCGACCUACUCGUGCCCGAGGUCUUUACCCACCUCUUCGAUGGCGUCAACAACCCAAGCAGCGGUCUGCAGGGCCUGUUCGACUCGAUCACCAUCGUGUUGAGCACGCCGUUCUUGAUGGCGGGCAUCGUGGCGGCGGUACUGAACCUGAUCCUACCCGAAGAGUUUGAUUUCGGAGGGAUGAAGGAUGGCCAGCAGGACGAGGAGGCGGAAGUCGUCGACGUAGAGGCUGGCACUCACGAGAAGAAAUAGACGUGCACGCACAAUCACAAUCAAACUCCACGAUGCUAUAGUGUAUAUUUUCUCUAGCGCACCGCUACCCAUCCGAUUGUAAACAGUGAUGUCAACGCCGCGACUUCGGAUCCAAGUCAUGUUGCCGACUAUCCGCUCGACCAGUCGCGCGACUUGACUAGCUAAGCGAGCCGUGAGCAAAGUUGGGGCCUGUUGUAAUACCAAUGCUGAGGCAUGCUGCCUUGAUGCCG